AUGUAAAACGAGAAAAAAUUCUUUAGAAAAAUAGAAGAUCUUGUGAUCUGUCCUUAAUUAUAAAAUCUUAAAGCUCUUUAAUUGGAUCUAAUCGGAAAUUACCCAUAAUGCUAAGAUUUGUAAAAUUUAGGAUUAGCUAUUAAAAGUUGCUCUAAUCUCUCAACUUUAGAUCUCAAAUUUUUAUGGUGUUUAAUUAACAAUGAUAAAUUAUCCGCUUUAGGUACUGCUAUAUCUUAUUGCUAUAAUCUCUCAACUUUGCAAUUAGAAUUGGGUUGCAAUUAAAUAGAAUCAAAAGGUCUAACAGAUUUAUGUUCUGCUAUUACAAAUACAAAAAAUUCCCUAAAAAAUCUCAAACUAUCAUUUUAACAAAAUCCUAUCUCUGAUAGUGGCAUAUCUACUAUAGCUAAUUCUUUAGUACACCUCACUGAUCUCUCGAAUUUGGAACUUAAUUUUGGGUAGUGUAAUUUAGGCGAUGAGGAUUUAUCAUGUUUAUUCUCAUGUUUAUCAAAAUCUUCCAAAAUCACAGAUUUAAAUCUAAACUUCUAUGUUAAUAAGAUUGGACCAAAUGGAUUACAAAAUAUUGAAUCUGCAUUAAAAAAUUUAACUAAAAUCUCAACUUUCAUUUUAAACUUAGGAGCCAAUAAUAUUGGACCACAAGGGGCCUCUUAUUUAGGAAUUUCUUUAGAAAACUGCACAAAUAUCUCAAAUUUACAUUUGAAUCUUUUAGGAAAUCUUAUUUCUAAUGAGGGAGUUUCAAAUUUGGUUACUUGUUUUGAAAAAUGCACUAAUCUUUCAAUGCUGACACUUUAGUUAGGUGACAAUUAAAUUGAAGCAUAAGGAAUAAUCAAUUUAGGCUAAAGCUUAGCAAAAUGUACUAAACUAUUAUCUCUGAUUCUUGAAGUUCAAUGGAAUAAAAUUAAUGAUGAAGGCUUAUAAGGAUUGAGCAAUUCUUUAGCAAAUCUUACAAAACUUUCAACUUUGGUUCUUAAUCUUUACUAAAAUAAUAUUGGAUCUAACGGCGCAGCAAGUUUGGGUUUUGCUUUAUCAGGUUGUGUUAAUCUCACUACACUCAGUUUGAAUCUUUCUAAAAACUAAAUUGAAUCAAAUGGAGCUUCUAAUUUAAGCAUAGGCUUAUCAAAAUGUCCUAAACUCUAAGAAUUACAUAUGCAACUAUGUUUAAAUGAAAUAAAAGACGAAGCUCUCUCAACUAUAUGUUCUGCUUUAUCAAACUGUACUACACUGUCUAAUUUAUCAAUAGAUUUCAGAUGUAAUUAUAUCGGUGAAAAAGAUGAAGGUGUUUUAGCCUAAUUAGAUUUCACUAAAAUUUCUAAUUUAACUCUCAAUCUUAGUAAUAAUAAAAUGGGACCUGAGACUACAUCUGCUUUAGGUUUAAGUUUUACAAAAGGUUCUUAUCUCAUAGCCCUUGAACUGGAAAUUUGUGAAAGUAAUAUAGGAUCAUAGGGUAUAUUAGGUUUAAGUCUAGGUUUGACCAGUUGUCUAAAUCUUUAAAAUUUGAGUCUCAUUUUGCUGAGGAACAAUAUUGGAAAUGAAGGAGCAAUUAGUUUAGGCAAUUCAUUAGAAUAGUGCACAAAUCUUUAAAAUUUAUCCCUCUAAUUAGCGGAUAAUAAUAUUUUAAAUGAUGGUAUACUAAGCUUGGCUACUAGUUUAGCAAAUUGUGAGAAGCUUUCUAAUUUAAGUCUAUACCUUGAUUUUAAUGAUAUUAAUUCUCAGACUCAGUCUUAAUCGGUCACUAGGAUCUUAAAAAUAAAAAAUUUGAUUAAUAAAAUUAUAUUCUUUUGA